AUGGAUGAUGAUUUGAGUUCGCUAGAGUUGGGCAACAACACCUACAGACCUCAAAAGAGACUUUUGACGCUGCUAAUACCCAAGAAGUACUACCCGAUCCCCAAAGAGGAUGAGCGUGCGCCUUACCCGGAAAGCUCGAGUAACUGGGUAUCGAGGAUUUUCUUUUGGUGGGUGUGGCCGUUGAUGACAGUUGGCUAUGCGAGAACUUUGCAGCCAAAUGAUUUGUGGGAGUUGACGCCCGAUAUGACGGUUCAGCGUUACCAUGAGAUUUUCGACUUUUACUUGCAAGUUGAAAUGGCCCGCGCGGAACAAAACCAUAUUGAAAAGAAAUGCAAAGAGAGAAAAGAAACGGUUGCAAACAGCUCGGUCUCGCCCCACGACGACUUGCAAGACUUUCUGUUGCCCGUGAUGAGUGUCUUUACCGUGUUGUACCUCACCAUGAAGCGCCAGAUCAUCAUGUCUGUUGUCAUGUCCUUGUUGUCGCUUUCAGGGAUGUCGCUAACGCCAUUAUUGACCAAGUAUUUGGUGCAGUUUGUAGAGGAGAGAAGUUUGGGAACGACAUCCAACGUGGGCAAGGGCAUUGGAUAUGCCCUUGGAGUGGUGGCGUUGAUGUUGAUUUCAAACACGCUCUUUACCCAUUAUUUCUACUACAGUGGGCUCAUGGGCUCCCACGCCAAGGCCUUGUUGACCAAGGCCAUCUUGAGAAAAUCUUUCAAGCUCAAUGCCAGAUCGAGACACAAGUAUACCCAGGCCAAAAUCACCAGUAUUAUCACCACCGAUUUGUCGAGAGUCGAGAUUGGUUUCUUGUUUCAGCCUUUGUUGAUCUGCUUACCAGUUGCCAUAGUUAUCGCCAUUGUUAUUUUAAUCACAAACAUCAAAGUGGCGGCCGUGAUUGGUAUAGUGGUGUUUAUCGUUUUCCUCGGCUUCAUGUCUGUUGGUGCUGGGAAAUUGUUUGCUUAUAGGGAUGUGGUUAGCAAAAUCACCGACAAGCGAGUCAACUUGAUGAAGGAGAUUUUGAACAAUUUGAAAAUGAUCAAGUACUACUCCUGGGAGCACCCCUACCAUAAUAACGUCACUCAAGUACGUGGCCAAGAAAUGCAAAUGAUUUUAAAGAUGCAAUCGUUGAGAAACAUCAUCUACUCCUUGGCGAUGACCUUGACUGGUAUCUGUUCCAUGAUUGCUUUCGUGAUUCUUUAUGCUAUCGAUGGCAAGACAAGCUCUCCUGCAAACAUGUUUUCGUCAGUGUCAUCUUUUGAGAUUUUGGCAUUGAUGGUUUUCUUUAUCCCGCAAGCUUUGUCAACCACGGCCGAUAUGAUUAUGGCUUUUAGACGAGUUGGUGCGCUUUUAUCAGCACCUGAAGAACAAGUUUACCCUGGCUACAAAGUAUUGGAUGAUCCAGCGGAUAAUGUUGCAGUCAAGUUGAACAAGGCUUCUUUUAGCUGGGAGAUUUUCGAAGAGGUGGAGGACGAAGAUGAGACUCCCCAGCAAAAGAAGGAGAGAAAAGCUGCUGAAAAGAAAGAAGCGAAACAGGCUAAACGGGAUAAAAAAGCUGCUAAAAGGGCUGCCAAAAAGGCUGCCAAAAAGUCAGCUCGAGAAGAGUCUAAAAAUAAUAGAAACAAUACUACAAAAGAAAAAAUUAAAAACAGCGAAGCUGUGCAGUUGGAUGAGUUGGAGGAGAUUUCUCUAAAAGAUAAGGAAGCCACGAGCUCGUCUCCAGAAGACCAGAGUGAUGGUGAAAAAAUCAACUUUGCCGGGCUCAAUGACCUCAAUUUCGAGAUCCAAAAGGGAGAAUUCAUAGUCAUCACUGGUGUCGUGGGGUCGGGGAAAUCAUCGUUGUUGAGCGCGAUUGCUGGAUUCAUGACGUGCGAUGGUGGAGAGAUUGACAUCAAUGGCUCGUUGCUACUCUGCGGGGCGCCCUGGAUCCAAAACAAUACUAUUCGGGAAAACAUCACAUUUGGUACGCCGUUUGACCAAAAAUACUACGAUGAUGUAAUUUAUGCGUGUGCUUUGAACGUUGAUAUUGACAAUUUGGAAGGUGGAGAUUAUACCGAAGUUGGAGAGAAAGGUAUAACCCUUUCCGGAGGACAAAAGGCGCGCAUCAAUUUGGCAAGGGCAGUUUACGCCAAUAAGGAGAUCUUGUUGAUGGACGAUGUCUUGAGUGCCGUUGACGCUAGAGUCGGUAAGCACAUCUUGAACAACUGUUUUCUUGGCUUGCUCAAGGAAAAGACGAGAAUUUUGGCAACCCAUCAGUUAUCGCUCAUUGGCUGCGCUGAUAAAAUCAUCUUUUUGAAUGGCGAUGGAUCCAUUGACAUGGGCGAGAUGGAUGACUUGCUUAAUAGGAACCAGGACUUUAGCAACCUCAUGAAACAUAGCAAGUUUGAGGCGGCUGACGACGGAGUCGACGCGAUAGAGGAAGAAAAUGGAAAUCAGUUUGAUGAAAAAGAUUUGGGCGUGACUGAAGAAGAAAAAAACCAGCUCGAGUUUGUUCCCAAGUACUCGAGGAGUAUGAACUCGACCCAGGAAAUAACCAGAAGAAAAGUGAAUGGUGUCGAGGUUGAAGAAGAAGAAGAUGACGACGAGGAGUACCGAGAUUACAACUUGAACAAGGACGCCAAAAAGGGUAAAUUGAUUGUCGACGAAGAACGAGCCGUUAACAGUUUGAAAUUUGAUGUCUACAAGAACUAUCUUAAGUUUGGUUCAGGUAAACUUGGCCCUUGGUUGUUUCUCGCCAUCUUUGCCUUGUUGUUGACCAUUGCCACAUUCUGUGACAUUUUCACCAACACGUGGUUGUCAUUCUGGAUAGCUCAGAAAUUCCCAGGUAGACCAGCGGGAUUCUACAUUGGUAUCUACGUCAUGUUCAAUAUCCUUUGGGUCGUGUUCCUUACGGUGACAUUCAUUGUCUUUAUCACGGGAACCACAGUCUCGUCCAAGACCAUGAACCUCAUGGCCAUCAACAGAAUCUUGUAUGCGCCCAUGUCUUUUAUGGACACCACUCCAAUGGGAAGAAUCUUGAACAGAUUCACAAAAGACACCGAUGCGCUUGAUAAUGAGAUUAGUGAUAACUUGAGAAUGUUGUUCCAGUCAGUUGCCAAAAUGAUUGGUGUUUUCAUCUUGCUCAUCAUUUAUUUGCCAUGGUUUGCCCUUGCGUUGCCGGUUAUUUUCGUUUUCUUUUUCUUAAUUGCCAAUUUUUACCAAGCUUCGAAUCGUGAAGCCAAAAGACUCGAGGCGAUCUUGAGGUCAUUUGUAUACAACAAUGUCAAUGAAAUGUUGAGUGGCAUGAACACCAUCAAAGCAUUUAAAGAAGAGGCUCGAUUUGACAAGCAGGGUGAUGUAUUAUUGAACAGGGCCAACGAGGCAAGCUUUAUUGUCAAUGCAAAUCAACGGUGGUUGGGUAUCCAAUUGGAUAUCUUGGCCGAGGGUAUACUCUUGUUGAUUGCGUUGCUUUGUGUCAAUCGAGUUUUCCGCAUUUCGCCGGCAUCGGUUGGUUUAUUGAUGACGUACUCGUUACAAAUCACGGGUGAGUUGAACAACUUGUUCCGAGCAUUCACCAUGGCUGAAAAUGACAUGAACUCAACCGAGAGGAUUUGUCAUUAUGCAUUGAAAUUGGAUCAAGAAGCGCCUUAUCAGAUUGACUCAACCAGGCCACCGGCAUCUUGGCCCGAACAUGGUGGAAUUGAGUUUGUCAAUGCCAACAUGAAAUAUCGAGCCGGCUUGCCAUUGGUUCUCAAAGACUUGUCACUUAAGAUUGCCCCUUCGGAGAAGAUUGGUAUAUGUGGCCGUACUGGCGCAGGCAAAUCAUCAAUCAUGACUGCGCUAUUCCGGCUCGCUGAACUCGAAAGUGGAGAAAUCAACAUUGACAAUAUCAACAUUGCCAGUAUUGGUCUCAAGGAUCUUCGUUCUCAUUUGUCCAUCAUUCCACAAGAUCCCGUGCUUUUCAACGGUACAAUCCGCUCAAAUUUAGAUCCAUUUAAUGAACACACCGAUGAUACAUUAUGGGAUUCGUUACGUCGUGCUGGUAUUGUUACACUGGAAGAAAUCGCCGUUUUCAAAACGCUCGAUCCAAAAGACGAAAAUGUCGAACUUUCCAAGUUCCAUUUAUACCAAACUGUUGAAGACGAAGGGGAGAAUUUCUCGUUGGGGGAACGACAAUUGAUAUCAUUUGCGCGUGCUUUAGUGCGCGAUUGCAAAAUCUUGAUUUUGGAUGAAGCCACUAGCUCGGUUGAUUACGAAACCGACGCCAAGAUCCAACGCACAAUUGCCCUGGAAUUCAAACAUUGCACCAUCUUGUGCAUUGCUCAUCGAUUAAAGACCAUAUUGAACUACGAACGAAUCUUGGUUAUGGAAAAGGGAACUUUAAAAGAGUUUGACACUCCUAUGAAUUUGUUUAAUCGUGUUGGUGGGACUUCUGUGUUUAGGGAGAUGUGCGAUAAGCUGAAUAUCGUCAGGGCAGAUUUCGAAGCGGUCCACUAG